CUUGAUAUCUAUUCCCUUAUUAAGAAACACACAAAUUGUAGUUGAUACCUCCUAGAACAUAAAAUCAAUUACAUCAUAAUUGCUGAGUAGAGGAGGAAACUAGUUAUAAUUAAAAUAAUAAGUGUGUUUAUAUUAAUCGGACGACUCGUAAUGUUCUGAGUAUCAAGUGUGUGCAUGUUGCAGCAUAUAAAUUUACAAGUUCGAAGUACUCAAAACAGUUCGAAAUGGAAGGUCAGAAAAUUCUGCAAAAUUGCAUUAUUGGUUCGCUUGGCAACAUCGCAUCUCGGACAUUCCAAGGCAAGGUUUCCACCUCCAUGCUCAUAAAUGAGCGAUUUUGGUCAGUACCCUUCUAGCGCUCAUUAGGGAGUGUAAUCCUGCUUCGAACUGGUUUUCACUUGAGUACACGCCGGCCAGUGAUUUUUUAUUGCAUAAUUGUGAAUAUGAAUUAUAAUGCUAUAUAUGCACUUGCAGUGAAGUCAGUGAAUUGUUGCUCCUAAUGACAGAAAGUUUUAAAUGGAUCUUAUCGACAUAAUAAGCCUGAUAGUAGCCUUCGGAGCGAUCGUAUUCGUCUACUUCUGGUGGUCAUACAAAUAUUGGGAAAGAAGAAAUGUUCCAUACAUUCCACCACGGUAUUUGAGAGGCAAUUUCGAGUCGCCUCUUGGAAGAACCACUUCUCAAUUUGACGAAGUUAUCAAGUUGUACAACUAUGCGAAAUCACAGGGUUGGAAAUACUGCGGUAUCUAUAACAUAACAACACCAUUGUUGAUGGUUUUGGAUUUAGAUUUGUUAAAAUCCAUUCUUACCAAAGACUUCAGCCAUUUCGUAGACAGAGGGCAAUACGUGAAUGAAAAAGAUGAUCCACUCAGUGCUCAUUUGUUCUCAAUUGGUGGUGAAAAAUGGAGAAACCUACGCGUGAAGUUCACACCCACAUUUACUUCUGGAAAAAUGAGAUCAAUGUUUCAAACUAUAUCCGACUGUGGUUUGGCACUUGAGAAAUAUUUGGAAGAAGAAGUUCUUGAUAAGAAGCCAAUUGAUAUCAAGACGAUAGCUGCUUGCUACACAACGGACAUCAUAGGAUCUGCCGCAUUUGGCAUUGACUGUAAUAGUUUCAAAGAACCGGAUUCGCCAUUCAGAACCUUUGGAAAGAAAAUAUUUGAAAGUGAUGGACUGCGAAGGUUGAAAAUCGUGAUCGCCGUAGCUUUUCCAAAGUUGGGACAGUUUCUCCGUCUCAAUGUAACUCCAGAUGACGUCUCCAAAUUUUUCAUUAAAAUGGUCAAUGAUACCGUCGAAUACAGGAUAAUGAAUAACGUCGUUCGAAAAGACUUUCUGCAAUGUCUCAUCGAUUUGAAAUCUCAGGAGGAGCAAACUCAUAAAAAGGAUGGCAAAUCUUUAACAAUGGAAGAAAUCGCAGCGCAAAGUUUUAUCUUUUUCAUAGCCGGUUUCGAAACUAGCUCUACAACUAUGACAUUUGCUCUUUAUGAAUUGGCGCUACAUCCAGAGAUCCAAGAUAAAGCUAGAGAAGAGAUAGUUCAAGUCUUAAAAAGACACGCUGGCGAGUUUUCUUAUGAUGCGGUGAAUGAAUUGGUGUACCUGAAACAAAUCAUUGACGAGACUUUAAGAAAGUAUCCAGCACUACCUUUAGUCACUCGCGUAUGUGUAAAGGACUACAAACUACCGGGGACCGAUGUGAUGAUUGAAAAAGGCACGAAAGUUAUAAUUCCCAUUUCUGGUAUACAUCAUGAUGAUAGACAUUACGAGGACCCAGAAAAAUUUGAUCCAGAACGGUUCUCGGAAGCUAACAAAGAAAAAAUAAAUCCUUAUGCACACCUUGCUUUUGGCGAAGGACCACGGAUUUGUAUAGGUAUGAGAUUUGGAAUAAUGCAAACUAAGGUAGGACUAGCAUCAAUCUUGAAGAAUUAUAAAGUGAGACUCAACGAAAAAACCAAGACGCCCUUGAAGAUUUCCAUAAGGUCGUUCAUACCUACUACAGAUGGCGGUAUGUGGCUUACCAUGGAAAAGAUAAAUGAGUGAUAUUUAUAAUUUUAUAAAAUAUUUUAUAGUAUUAAAUAAACGUGGAGUAAAUAUGAAAACAAUAACUGGAUUUUGAAUGAAUGAAUGAAACAUUCCCACGUCUUUGGAAAGCUCAUCAGAUGGAUACCUGGUUUGCCAAGCAUUAUUUUAAGUAUCCACUUCUGCAUUACUUCCAAUUUAUUGAGGUUUAUACUUGCUAGGAUACCAUAAGUAUUACAUCUUGCCGUACAUUAAAUGCAUAUCAGAAUAUUCACCACACGUAUACUCCGUGAUGUUUAACAACUUAUAGCCAACUUAAAAUUAUUCAUGAAUUUUAAAGCAAUAUUAUGAUAAAUCUUAGAAACCAUAGAUAUUAUCCAAAGCAACGUGAUUUUUAUGUUAUAAAAAUGUUUUAUCAUCUUGGUACAAAUAAUGCAUUGGAACUUUUAAAAACAAAUAACGCGAAAACUAUUAGCUUUAGCAUUUUUUAACAAGUAUACCUUUUUUAUUUUGGGAAUACGAAAUAAUAAGAUUUUCCGGUCAGUUAUUAUAUACAGGGUAGCACAAAAGAGUUACGAUAAGUCAUUUACCGAAAUAUUUUAUUAAAGUUAUUUUCAAUAUCCUAGUGCUAGGUAUUUUCAAGGCUUAAGUGGUAGAAUAUCUUGUAGCUAAACUUCGCUUCAAUAAAAGUCGUUUAUUAUUAUUAAAUUUGAUGAUUUGAAUUACAUAUUUUAUUUCUUGAUACUAGGAUAAGUUGAAUAGAUAAAAACGAUUUCACACGAAAUGAAGGGAAUUUUUGAUGAAAAUAUUAAUCUAACUUUUGUAUCCCCGUAUUUUUUCCUGUAGGAUUGAACCCCGGACAAAUCACUAAGUCACUACGUGACAGCUAAAUUCUACCUCAAAAUACCUAAUUAGUUUUAACGAAUAAUGAAUUAAGAACCUCUAUAGUCGUUACAUGUUGUUUGUUAACAUCUUUUUUUGUUAAUCUUAACUUGUUCCUGAUUCCGGAGACCGAGAUCGAUCUUUCACAUAAAUGCAUUUUCACUCCCUGAGUAGACGAUAUUGUUGCAAUACUUCCCGUAAGUACAAAUUUUUCGAAGUAUCCCGCCGUUUUACUUCUCGCGCCUACUGACUGACACUGAAAGUGCGAUAUGUUUUUUGGAUGUUACGUUACAUCACGAAAAACCACGGCACUCAAAAAGGCCUAAAACGGAAUAACGUAAAAAUGGCGCAAACUUCGUUUUUUGACGUUUCGGAGGAAAAUUUGUGAAAAAAAUUUUAAACGUAAAAAGCUGGUAUGGGGGUCAAAAAAUUUCAACUUUAUUUAUUCCGAAAAUUGCCAUUAAAUAUUUUGUUGGCUUGAGAAAAUAAAAAAACAGUCAUAGCACGUUUAAUACACUUUAUUGGUAUUUUUCAGUAGCUAAAAUCAACAAAAAACCAUUUUAUUACAUAAACUUAAGAGAUAAUAACAAUGGGCCUUAUUAACCCCCGGGGGGUAAUAAGGCCACUUUUUAAGUUAUUACAAGAUUUCUUAUGUUAAGGCUUGAAUGAUAUAUCCUAAAUCAGACUUUGUAAUGGGAACUUUGGAAGUAGAUUCGCUUAGAAAUAUUGUACUUGAACGACUAAGAGGUUCGAUUGAAUACAAAUAACCAGUCCAUCAAUAUAGAUCCUAGUUAAACUAAUGAUAACGAUACUUAUUCAUCAGAGUUUUGACAAUAAAUCAAUUCCUUAUCGUUUUUGGUCAACACUACGUAUUCUUCGUGGUACCAUAUGUGACAUUUAACACACUGUCUCAUAUCCGACACACGAUUUUCCUUGCAAGCACAGCAAAACCAAGAUUCUUCUAACUUAACUUUGCUUCUUUUUCUUUCAUCACUAUGAGAUCGUUUUUGGUUUCCAUCUUUAGUUUUCUUUUCUGUUUCUUUGAUUUUUCUUUUGUAAUUAUUCAGUGUUGCUUUCUUUGUCAUCUCGUUUUCAUUCAAUGCUUCUCGUUCUUUGGUAAUUCCUAUAAUUAAUAGCUUUUCUCCUCGGCUUAUUUUUUGUAACAGCAUAGUUCGGAGUUGGGAAUAGCUCUUGAAAAGGAGACCUAAAUUUCUUAUCUUUGAAGUUAGCUAAAGGUAUGUUGUCAUCAGAACUGAAACUAUCGCUGUCUUCGAUUUUUCCUUUAGAACAAUAUAUAUUAUCCAUGGGCAGUGAUGAUUUGUUUGAUGCCAGUUUUGUUCCCUGCUGUACAAUAGUCGUUUCAGUAUCUGUCUCGAAUUCUCAACUAUAAAUCACAUGACGACGAUAUAUAGGAGACCUGUGAUGUCUUGAAGUGGAAGGUUGUGGUAACCGCAUCAUAGUGACAACGGCUCUACCAAUGAUCUGUAUCUUCUUAGGUGUUGUUUCUACAUUACUCAAGAUCUUUUCAGAUGACUGGAUGAUGUCUUUAUGUUGUUGAUUAGCAUUAACCGUCAAGGCAUGCGGAUGUGUGGCGCUUUGGGCAGAACUUUCUUCAGGGGAAUGUGGAGGUUGCUCUAAAAGAAAUGGAGAAUCGCUAUUGUUCUGAGGCUGUUCUUCUGGCUGAUUGACACAAUCUAUAUCGGAGCCGACUGCAGCACUGGGUUCUGUUGAUGGCGGUAGCUCAGUUAAGAUAGAUGGAAUAUAUGCCUCGUCAGGUAUGUAAUAUGUCCGGAUUGAAAGGGUAUAGGCCUGUAGCCCGAAAACCGUUUACUAUAUUUUCAUGGGUCAAACAUUGUGACCAGACCCUUGUGAAAAUUGCAUUAAAACUGGUUUUCGUUAUGCGUCUUUCCGGAUUUUGGUACAUGUAAUUCAGAACCUCCUGAUCCCAAUAAUGAUCAAAGGAUUUAUUAACGGAUUUACCGAGGGGCUGUAGCUCAUGAGUUGUGUAACUUGGGAGGCAAUAUAGGACUAUGUCAUGACGGUCUGAUUCCUCAGCAAUCGAAUAAUCUAAAUGGGAUGUCGCUCCAUCGAAGAUUAAUAAAAUUUUCCCUUAAACCUUAUAUUUUGCCAAAUGUUUGAUGACCUCAAUAAAUAAUUCGGUUGUCAUACUUACUUUCGGUAACAUUUUUACUAAACUGCCGGCUGGUAAAUUGUCACUAAAUUCAGGUUUCUGCCUCUGCCCUUUAAAUAUUAUCAUUGGCGGAAUAGCGGUCCCGACAGUUACCUUUUGAGCUUCUUUUUGUGCUAAAACAGUCUGUUGAUUAUGAACAGUCAACUGGCAUCCAUUUUCAUCUAUAUUGUAACGUUUUUCUGGAUGCGUUGCUAUAUCAAGUUCAUCAUAUAAUUUCUUAACUUCUUCAAAGUGGUGACUUACGAUUGGUCUGUUCACCUUUUGCGCCCUGGCUCGAUUCAUGAACUGUACCUUUCGUUUUGAAAUUUCUGGAUGUCGCUUCAAAAACAUAUUUAGCCAGUCUCUGCCAGCAAGGCCAACGUUUUUGUUAAAAUUAUGUUUAAGUUCAUAUUUUUCGCAAAAGAUGAAUGUUUGUCUACGAAUAAUCCUAGGAGUAAGUGGCAUCCCAAUAUUCGCGAAUCUUAUGAUUCUGUUGACAAGAUCGCGUUCUUGAGCUUCAUUCAUAAUAGACCUGCAUCCUAGACGUCUUAUUAUACUUCCACUUUUUAAGUGGUUCCUCAGCGUACGUCUAGGGGUCUAGGUAUGUUAUAUAGG